AUGAAACGAGGUCAGUUGAAUUUGCGGCUUCAAAAGGAUCAAACGGAGACGUGGUCGACGACGACGACGACGACGACGAGGUUUUCCGAUGUGCCGAGUGGGGCGCCUACGAUUGUUCGGGCGACCAAUGCGUCGUCCACGAGCAUUUUCGUUCGUUGGGCGCCGCCGAAAGCCGACUCGCUGCACGGGGAAUUAUUGGGCUACCGACUCACGGAUUGGGGGAGGGGUAAUAGUGAGGUGCCGAGUGGGGCGCCUACGAUUGUUCGGGCGACCAAUGCGUCGUCCACGAGCAUUUUCGUGCGUUGGGCGCCGCCGAAAGCCGACUCGCUGCACGGGGAAUUAUUGGGCUACCGACUCACGUGUGAGCAGCGGCAAACGCCGCCCCUGCAGCAGCAACGGUCAUCCCAAGUGGCGGCAGCCGCCGUUUUUGAUAUCAAGGGUCCGGCCGCCACG